CUCCCUCUUCGCCGCCAAUCCUACUCUUCAAGCGCCGCAAAGAGCCCAGGGGAAAUGGCUGGAGGUACACUACAUUGCAAAUUGCCGUUUCAUUGUCACACUGGUCACAUAUUGAUGACAGGCAAGGAGGGUCUUAUUGAUCGUGUGCUGGCGGUGUGGCGUCGGCGGCACCUGCACCCAUAUGACAAGAUCAGCGGCAAGACCAUCCUCGUCGAUUACAAGGUCACUGCGGUGGUUCUGCAAUGCAUGACACUUACAUAAUGUAUGUGACGUGUGUGUGUGUGUGUGUGCAGGAGGAUCGUUUCUCUCGAUGGUUUGAUAAGUAUGCCAAUGCAGAGGGCUCGCUGUCUGCCGAAGAUCUGCCACGCACAACGAUGGGCGGCGUCUUGUCCCUCAUCUUUGGUGCUCUCGUAGCCGUCCUCUUAGCCACUGGGAUAUACAAGCUCUCCUCUCAAAAUACGACCAUUGUGUGAGGCCAAAGUGACCAUCUGCAGUGGCACGGUUGGUGCCUCCCGGCCCUUUCCUUCGAUUCAUGCAGGACGGGGGAUCAGAUUGUCUUCAACCUUGACUGUGUUGGGACGCCUGCCAAAUGCAGCGCGCCGGAGGAAGACGACCCGUAACCUGCAUCACCAUACAGUGGCAUAGGCAGAUAUGCGAGAUACUGGAUGGAAUGCUGUCCUCACAUAGAUUGGCUGCUGUGCAAGACGCAUUUUGGCCAUACGGCGACCCUAUUGACCUGCCGGCGCUCGACCUGACUGUCUCUUCACGGCUUGAAUUCUAUGAGACAUCGGGGAGGACCUCACUGCACAAGAUACGGGUGGUUGACAAGAUGAGCGUCCACUCAUCCCUUCUUGUGAGUGAGACACAGAGACGGCACGUCGUUGAAAGGAAUCGAAUCCCCUUUCCUAUCUGUUGCAGAAUCACCAUAGUGCGGUGCCCAAGGUCCGCGCGGUGAAGGACUCCUUUGCAGUGAGGAUGAACUCCUGGCACAAGGUGUCGGGCCCGCUGUCGUCGCCCACGGAAAACAUCGAGCGCGGCAUGCACGAAAUGAUGGUGACUGAGAGAGGCUCAUAAAGAUGUAUGGAUCUUCUUUUCCCUUCCCUCGUGUGUGUGCAGGCCUCAUCGGCGUCCCACCAGUUUGAUGAGACCUUGAAGCAUUUCUACGCCGAAAAUGACCGUUUCAGUGAGUUCGAGGAAGACAUGGUAAUACAUCACCAAACGUCAAGGUCGGCCUCUCCGUAUCGCCUACCUACGUUGCUUUCUUCCCCUUCAGUUCGACCACAAUGUUGUGGCAUUUUUUCGUUUUGAUAAAACUCAGCUGCGUGAGCUUAAGCCAUGCCAGCUGCAGGUCGGACUCGUCAACACCGCCGAGUAAGAAAAGGGGGCUGGGCUGUUGUUGCGCUGUUAUCUAUCGCACUGCGUGUCAUGUCAUGUCAGGUUCAAGAUCCUCGAGGACGCCAUGAUCGCAGACCGUAUCUAUCAGAGCCCCAACUACACCCAGACGCUCGCCACAGACAGCUUCACCUGGACCACUGCUUCAUGGGACUCCCGCACCAAGAGGUGGAGCGACGAUCUCACCAAGGGCACCAACGUCGUCCUCCUCAAGAGCAGCUACACGCGAGCCCAGCUGGCUGCAUUCAAAAACACGACGGCAUACGGCCCGCUGAACGUCAAUGUGAGGGCGCGGAGGAAACAGGCCACCACGCAGUCGGCGGGAUGCACCGACUUCACCAAGGUGAGAUAGAUAAAGCCAGGCGAGAAAGAUGGAGACGCACAUACAUACAUACAUACAGACAGAGACAGGAAGUCGCUCGUGUACUCAUAGGAUGGGGCUUUCUUGCACUGGAACGUGUUUGUCAAUUACGUCAACAACUUCAAUCACACCUUUGAGAGUGCCACGUGCGAUGGUAAGGCUGGCGAGGCGUCCUUCGACUCUGCCUAUUGGGUCGCCGCCACCCCCACCAAGAACCAAACCGUCCUCCAGCUUACGAACUUCCGACCACCAAAGAACGGUCGGCUUGUGAGUGCCUGUCAGCGGGGCCCAGCGAGUGCCACUGGGUGGCCUUAUUGUGAGUUUGUGUAUGAUGUGUAGGCAAUGCUCCGCCGUUCUUUGUGCUGAUGGUCGGAGAUGCCGGCAUGGAGAGGAUGAAGGUCGUCAAACUCAACAACACAGCCAAAACGUGGGCGGCACUCACACAAUCACACCUCUGCACACGUCUGUAUCAAUGCUUGCGUACCUAGAAUGACGGUAGAACGUGGUGGUGACAUCGACACGGCCAUCACCUUCAACAUCAGCCGGCCCACAUCCUAUCCCCCCACUCCACCAGCAGCAUGGAGGUGUCACCCCGCCGACUACCUCGACGGCUCCACCUGCCACUGUUUGUGUGGGGCCGCAGACCCCGAUUGUCUGGCGAUCAACCCACCUACCAAAACUGCGCAGCUGACGAAUUCUGCACGCCGCUGGGCAGAUGCGCUCGCCGUCCGCCCGGUGAGUGACUGUGCUGACUGGCAGAAGAGAGUGAUCCCUGAUGGGUGUCGGUGUAUGCAUUGCUGUCAGGUUACGAUGUCGGCCAGGUGUCCAUCAGUGAGGACUGUGUCAACCUGGCGUUGCCGGGGGAGACGGUCCUCCUGGGCUACAUCGGCCCACCAGAAGGCAUCACCGCAGCGUAAGGAGGGACAAUUUUUGUCUCACUCACUGUGCCCAACCUACUCGUGUGUGUGUGCAGCGGUGGGUGCCAGGCCUGCCCUUAUGAGAAGCUGUAUGAUGGCGCAUCGGUGCUCAAUGAUCAUGGGGAGUAUGUGUGCCAGUACAAGGCUCUUGGACACAUCAACGGCAAGAACGUCAGUCAGCAGCUCAUGGGCACACGCCAACCAAAGCAGCAUGAGAGUAUUGUGUGUUUGGGUGCCUAUUCAAUCACUCACGUAGGUGUUGACGGAGUUCAAUGCGACCAACGAUGCCUUCGGCGCCAAUCUCACGGCCGGCGGCCUCACCAAUCAGCGCCGCACUGUCCGCGUGGCGCUUGGUGCCAGCAGCAAGCUGCCCACAACCGCCACGCCAUCAAACCCCUAUUAUGCGGCCCUCGACUCAGGCAAGGAAGGGUAUACACCGAGAGACUCACAGAAGAGGUGUGCACGUGUGCGCAGGUCAGGGGAACCAGGAACUGGCCCGAGUGCUGACUGCCACGGAGCCAGAUGGCCGGAACGAGCAGAUAGUGACGAUAGAGAGCACGACGUCGACGUUCCGGUUCAUGCACUUCAGCUCGGGCAAGCUGGUGUCGGCCCUGUCUGAGGACUUCACUGACAUGAUCAUGUUCUUGGACAGCCCAGACCACCCAUUCCCACGGUAAGAGGUGGCUGGAAUGACUGUCGACUCGUGCGUGGACGCCCUUUUGUUUCUGUAGGUACGGUUCGCAUACGGUGCAGAUCGACGCCACACAGCUGACAAUCAACACGGUGUGUGUGCAGCGACACAUUGCCGUCAUCUGUGUGUUUGCUGGAUUAGAUGUGUGUGUGGGUGAGUGUGAUUUGUGCAGGCGACUAAGACUCAGGGCCGGGAUGUGCAGCGAUUGGGCCUCACUGUGCCCCCGGCGAUUGCACCUGCUGGCUACAGGUCACGGACUGUCGCACCUGUCACGGUCGGCCUGCCCGGCUGCUUGCCUUCCAGCGAUCUGUGGGAUGAGUCUUGUGUAUGUCUCCGUGUGUAUAGGCGAAUCUGGCAUCGUUCCAUGAUGAUGGCGGCGGGCCACGGAACAUCCAUCCCGUCGUGUUCCCCUCAGGCCCCGACUUCAUCGACUCAGCAGCUGCAGGCAGCUGCCUCAGUAUUUACGCCUUCACCGACGAUUUCGGCAACAGCUACUGCGAUGGAAUUCACGACGGUCGGUGAGCCCCGGUCUCUCCCUGGUGCAGCAAUAUCGUGUCUUACAUUAUUACCCCUUUACCAUGCAGGCCAUCUGGUGGUCGCAUAUGGCGGGUUCUCAUCCAGCCUCUCGACAUUCGAUCGCUCCAACCUCACUGGGUGGCAGGUCUUGGUCAGGGGCAACUCGGAGACGGACGUCAUCAGCAGCGAGGUGAGAGAUCUCCUCACGGCCGUCGAGUGGAGUUUCCCAAGCAGGAGCACUUUCCCGGCUCGGCGUUUCUUGGCACCAACUUCGACCCCUUCAAUGAUGACCACUACAAUGUUCGGGGUGGGCUGAUGCAGACAGACAAUAGGUAUCGAUCUGUUCAUUGGUUGUCUCUUUAUUUGCCUUGGUUUCAGGAUUCUGGAAAUGUAAUCAAUCAAUAGAGCACCGGGCUGCACUGACGUGAAUCGUGUAUAUGCGUCUCGUGUGAUGUCAACAUACAUGUAUGCAGGCGCUAUUGAGUUGUGGCUUGACGGCACAUGCGACUGUAACUGUGGCCGCUAUGACCCUGACUGCGCUGGCGACACGGGAAUCCCGGAGGACUGGCUGCAAGCACAGGGCAUCUCGCCAGGGCUGGGCGGAAGCGAUUAUGUGAGCAGCAGGAAAACACUCACCGAGUAGCUCGUCUCGGUGUAUCAGUGGCUUUUCUUUGAUGAUAUGUAGGAUGACAAGGGCGUGAUGAUCGAGUGUCCGGAUGGCGACGCGGCAUUGGUCAAUGUUGAUGGCGCCAACAUCCAAUGCGCAACACUACGUGACAUGAGGGCCACAUACCCGUAAGCUUGAUGGGCCUGCCUGGCCAUCCAGCAGAUAUCUUGAUGCCCUCCGCCCUUCUUUCGUGGCUGCUUAUAGGUACUGUUCCUACCCCGCGGGCAUUCCCACAGCAGUGAGGGCCAAUGCUUGGAACGGCCUGGGUAAGAGAUGCAUGCAUUUCGUCAGGACGAAUCACCACACAUACGACAGUCGGAAGUGCUACCGCUCCCUUGUCUUUUGCUUCUUCCAGCAACCGACAGGAUCGACUUCUGGAACCGUGGGUCAAUUCAUGAGACCAUUACUUCCGAUGGCUGCCACUCUUGAGACCUCUGCAUGUAUGUGUUUCUGCACGUAGAGAAGCUGUGGGAGGUGAUAGUGCUGGAUUCGCCGCUGAAGAACUCACGGAGCGCUGGCGUGGUAGUUGAGACACUCGCCAUCGAUACGGUCGGCCGGUGGACGAACGGCACAAUGGGAAGUGUAUGCUGGGUUUCUUUCCUUUUGCAGCAUGCAAGCAGCACCUCUGGCAGAAGGCGGCUGACACAACAGGUGUGUGAGACAAGCAACAUCGAAAUGCUCCCUUUAUGUCUCGCCAUGUCUGCCUUCAGGCCUCAGCCACUGCUGACUAUGACAGUCUCUUCGACGAGCUGGAACCCGACCCCCGCUUGCAAAGGUCACUCAGUCAGACGCCUGGGCAUCUGCACUCGCACAAUGCACCACACGAUUUGGCAAUCGCGUCUCUUGGGUACAUGUGCACAGGCACAUCUCAAUGACGCACCACCAGUCAAGGGGCACUGUCCACGAGGAGGAAAGGCGAAGGCGACUCGAAGCCAACACCACGCCAGACCGAUCGAUUCGCUUGUCACAACGUAAGGUCGCAAGGGAGGAUCUUCUCGACUACAUUAACCGCAGGCUGGAGAACAAGAUGGACCAUGGCCAACGUCGGUUGUCUGCCCCAAUGCAUUCUGUCCCUUCGUCGACCCCUUCUCGACUGCCCCGGAAGCUGCAGCCCGGCGGCGAGGACCCUGCCGACCCCCUGGAAGAUCCAGCGGCCGAGGACCCGAUCGAGCCUGACCAGGAGGACCCAAUCGCCGACGACCCACUCAUAGAGGAACCAGCAGGAGGUCAAACCAGACCGAGACAUGCGGUCAGAUGAUGUGUCCGUACGUGUGUUCAUGAAAUACAGAUGAUCCGGACAGUGAUUUUGAAGAUCCGGUGGUGGAAGAUCCUGAACCAGAUCCAGCUGAUGCAGCUCUUGACGAGGGCGCGGGAGAUGAGGUAGCUGAUCCAGUGACAGGAGCUGAUGACUUCGGAGGCCAACCAGACCCUGGCCCUGCUCAAGGAGGUAAGCAGCAAGGAAUGCCGCGUGUGGAUGUUGACGUUGACUGACAUGUGAAUGGCAGGUGGUGAUCCGUUGGUCGAUGAGCCAAUCGAUGACCCUGACACGGGCGGCGGAGAAGUCCCAGAAGAUCAAGGUGUUUUGGGUUCUUCUGUAUGAAUGAACAUGAAUGUGUGUGCAUUGUUGCCGUGCUGCAGGUGAUGGAGGACUCGACGGAGGCCAGCUUGGGUCUGCGGAGGCCAGCUUGGGUCUGGCCCUGACGACAUCGGCCAGGAGGAUCCAAUGA